GUCAAAAUGUUUGACUCAGUGGAAUGGGACACACUCCUGUUCACCUUCAAGUUCGAUGAAAUAGAGUCAAGGAUGGCUGAUGGAGAGAUGAACUGUUUUUACAAUUUUUAUAAGGAUCCUUCUGUCUGAUUUACACCAUUAGUCAUAAAUUUUAUGAAAGCAGCUCUUAAUAGUGAUAAACAGCUAGCUAAAGAGACCAUCAAGACUACAGAAUUAUGCAUGAACACAAUCAAGUCUAGACAUUGUUGCUAUGACAAGAAAGGCAAGGAAAUCACCAUCCAAUCCUUCUUAUCGAAAAAGUGGAAGGUCAAAGACCUUGAAGCUAUCAAUAAACUUACUAUCGAGUUAGACAAUGAGACUACUGCUAACUUCUCUGCUAGAGCACUUGCUGUUACUUCAGAACUUCAGGCUCUGAUAGCUCUUCUCCAGAUGAUCUCAGGAAAUUAUCUUAAAGGUGCAUAUAACCUGAGGAAGGCUUGGAAGUCAUAUGAAAACCUUGCUAACUUGAAUAAGUUUAUUAGUGAAAAUGAUGCUAACCAGCUAACCAUCCUUGAAGAUAAAGCUUAUAUGAGCCAUUUCUUAUUGGGAUAUGGAGCUUUCCAUUUCUUCUGAUCCCUGGUACCAAAAUCAUUCCAAUGGGUCCUCAAAAUCUGAGGCUUCACUGGUGACAGAGACGCAGGCAUUAAAGAACUUUACCAGUGACUUAAUCUAGGUCAAAGGAGAGCGUCCUUUGCAGGACUAAUCCUUCUCUGGAUAGAGAGCUUCUUUUAUGAAGAUUACGUCAAAGGUGAGCAGUUGUUCAAUAAACUGGUUGAAGAAUAUCCUGAAGGCGGCUUGUACUACUACCUUGGUGGGUAUCUCUCUCGUGUUCAAGGGAACAUUGACCAAGCCUUGGAAAGAUUCACCUUAAGCUAUGAGAAAAAUGAUCAAUUCUUUGAGAUGGAGAAUAUCUGCAAGUACGAAAUUGGGUGGUGACAAUACCUCAAAAAUGACUAUGAGACAGCUAAAGAUUUAUUCGAAGAAUUCUUGGCAAACCACACCAGUAAUACUUACAAGGCUUGGUGCCACUGGCAGCUUGGGUACUGCUACUAUUUCCUUGACCAGAAGGAUGAAGCUAUGAGGAACAUGGCCAUGGUCAAGGAUUACAAAAGAAAACAUUACUCUUGGGACGAAUACUGAUAUCGCAAGAGUAAGGAGUUCAUCAAAGAUAUUUCUCGAAUUGAAAUGGAAUUACAUAAGAUUUAUAACCUCAUAAAAUGUCGAAAGCUUAAGCGAGCCGAAAAGUUCCUCCAAAUUCUUGAGGAAAGUUAUGAUGUAGAAUCUGACAAUGAUCAUAAAGCUUACUUCCUCUAUCUUAAAGCUAAGAUCGAGUUUUAUAAAGACAACAGAGAGGCUGCUUGGGAGAUUUAUGAGGAGAUCAUAGACUUGCCCAAGAAGGAAAAAUAUCUUUCAGCAUUCUCAAAAUACCGCUUACUUCUACUAAAAAUUAAAGAUAUGGAGAAUUAUGGAGACGAUUAUCAUGAAGUUGACCCUGAAGACCUCAAAUACGUCAAGAACACUAUCAAGAGCAUCUCUAAGAUGAGUGGAUAUGAUUUUGAAAAGCCUUUAACCCGCAAACUUGAGAGGGUGAAGGACUACUUCAAAGAAGGAUAUUGUCUUAAAUUCUAAUAGCGAACGUUUAUCUUUCUAAUUCAAUAAAGA